CUUUGAGGCUAGGUUGCUUGGUAGUAGGUUGUUUUGCUGAUAGCGGCUUGGAGUCCCCAUUUGUAGCCGCUGAACUCCGACACCGUAAAAUCGGUCAUUAACGUCACAGCGGCGCGCAGGACGGGACUACAGGUCACAGAUGGACCAGCAGGACCAAUCCUAUAUGUUUGCCAGUCUGACACGGCCUCACUCAGAGCAGCUGCUGCAAGGCCUCCAGCUCUUGCGGCAGGAUCACGAACUAUGUGACAUUGUCCUGCGUGUGGGUGAUGCCAAGAUCCAUGCCCAUAAAGUAGUGCUGGCCAGCAUCAGCCCUUACUUCAAGGCUAUGUUCACGGGGAACCUGUCUGAAAAGGAGACUUCUGAAGUGGAAUUUCAGUGCAUUGAUGAAACUGCAUUGCAGGCUAUCGUCGAGUAUGCCUACACUGGCACUGUAUUUAUCUCCCAGGAAACCGUGGAGUCUUUGCUACCGGCUGCCAACUUACUCCAGGUUAAGCUAGUGCUCAAGGAGUGCUGCUCCUUCUUGGAGAGCCAGCUGGAUGCUGGAAACUGUAUCGGCAUUUCCCGUUUUGCAGAGACGUAUGGCUGUCAUGAUCUGUGCCUGGCUGCUACCAAGUUCAUCUGUGAGAACUUUGAGGACGUUUGUCAGACAGAGGAGUUUUUUGAACUGACGAGGGCUGAGUUGGAUGAAAUUGUGUCAAAUGACUGCCUUAAAGUGGUCACAGAAGAGACUGUAUUUUAUGCCCUGGAAUCAUGGAUCAAAUAUGACAUAACUGAGAGACAGCAACACCUGGCUCAGCUGCUGCAUUGUGUUCGCCUUCCGCUCCUCAGUGUCAAAUUUCUCACUCGGCUGUAUGAAGCCAACCACCUUAUACGAGAUGACCACGCAUGCAAGCACCUGCUCAAUGAGGCCCUCAAAUAUCAUUUUAUGCCUGAACACAGACUCUCCUAUCAGACUGUGUUGUCAGCACGGCCCAGGUGUGCUCCGAAGGUGCUGCUUGCAGUCGGAGGCAAGGCUGGACUGUUUGCCACAUUAGAAAGCAUGGAAAUGUAUUUCCCCCAGACGGAUUCGUGGAUAGGACUCGCACCUCUCACUGUCCCACGCAAUGAGUUUGGUGUGGCAGUGCUGAACCACAAGGUGUACGUGGUGGGAGGCAUCGCCACACACAUGAGACAAGGCAUCAGUUAUCGGAGACACGAGAGCACCGUGGAGAGCUGGGAUCCUGAAAGCAACACCUGGUCAUCAGUUGAGCGUAUGGCAGAGUGCCGCAGCACCUUAGGAGUGGUGGUCCUGGCCGGAGAGCUCUACGCCCUGGGGGGCUACGACGGCCAAUAUUACCUUCAGUCCGUGGAGAAAUAUGUCCCAAAGUUGAAAGAGUGGCAGCCAGUGGCGCCCAUGACCAAGUCCCGCAGCUGCUUUGCCACCGCAGUGCUGGAUGGCAUGGUGUAUGCUAUCGGAGGCUAUGGCCCAGCCCACAUGAACAGUGUGGAGAGGUAUGACCCCAGCAAGGAUGCCUGGGAAAUGGUAGCCCCCAUGGCAGACAAAAGAAUCAACUUUGGAGUCGGGGUCAUGCUGGGCUUCAUAUUUGUGGUGGGUGGACACAACGGGGUAUCGCACCUGUCCAGCAUUGAGAGGUACGAUCCGCACCAGAACCAGUGGACAGCCUGUCGACCGAUGAACGAACCACGUACCGGUGUGGGUUCUGCCAUCGUGGACAACUACCUCUAUGUGGUGGGCGGUCACUCCGGGUCGUCCUACUUGAACACUGUCCAGCGCUAUGACCCCAUCUCAGACAGCUGGUUGGACUCGAGCGGCAUGUUGUACUGCCGUUGUAAUUUCGGCCUGACUGCCCUUUGACCCAUGGCCCAGCCAGCUAGGACCCAAUAAGAGAACUUAGACACAAAGACUUUUCUUUUUUGUUGUCUCCUCCUCCUCUCCCCAUCCAUCCUCCACGUGCAGAGGAGCGCUGCACACCAGUGGGAUCACCAGAGGAGAGAGAGUCUGCUGGGUGGAGUGGAUGUGCCAGAGUAGCUGGCUAGAAGACCACAGACAUGGCUGCAGAGAUGAAGAGCUACAACGUUGUGUGGAAAACUAAGGAAGAUGGUCGCACGGCUCGGAUCGUCGCAGACAUCAGGGGACGACCGCACUACUGCUGCUGGACCACAAUAAAGACUCUGAGCCAUUUCCCAGAGGAUUGUGGGAGAAAUAUUGUCACUUUUUAUUUCAUAAUUCUGUUUCAGCAGAAUUUGGGGUUUGUUUCCCCUUCAUGCCAUCUAACGCUUUUAUAGUUUCACCACCAUGUUUUCAAAACACUGCAGUUUGCUUUUGUUCUUUUUGUGUGUGUGUGCAAAAAGCUGAUUAGAGAGGAGGCAAAAAGAAGUACAACCAUAGAGAAUUCAUUACAAAAGAGAAGAGUAGCAUAGAAAAAAAACAAACAACCAAGAUCGAACAAAUAACCUGUUUGCUUGUGAAUCCGUAUGAAUAUAACGCGUGUGUGUUUGUCUGCGUGUAUGCUCCGGGAGUACGUGCAUGUCAGAUCGGAAUGUUUCGUUACAUGUUUGUGUGCAGAACUGAUCGACCCCGUGGUUCUGCGUCAAAAUCAGUGCUUCACAAAACAAACAUUAUAAUCUUUAUGUUUUCUUAAAAAGGGCUGCCUUUUUUUUUUCCCCCCUCUCUUGUUAAUGGUCUAAAACAAAAUAUGUAGAUAUGAAUAUAUCCUCCAGUGCAUUGCCUGUAAAUGUUUUUCUGCAUUGGGUCACUGGUGAGCAAAUGCGAGGAGUGUGUUUUUUAGGGGUCAACGUGGAGAUGACAUUUGUGAGGUAAAAAAAAAAUUAAAAUAAUAAUCCCCGUAUCCUACCUUUUUGCGUCGUCCUAAGGUCACAGGUUAUGAACUCGCUUCUCUUAACAAUCAUUGGAAUUGACCUUGGCCCUCAUUUCACCCUUUGGUCUGUAUACAAUACCAACUGGUGCUAUAUUUAGUAUUCAGGAUGUAGCUGUCUGUGUUGCCUCCCACAACUGGGUCAACCUCUGUUCAGUGUCUACUUCACUACCACGUCAAACGUUCAGUCAUUUAAAAUUAUGUGCAUUUAAAUACGUCAAAUAACUGACAUGGCCCCCCAACCGCGCAAUAACAUCAAGUCCUUCUUAAGGGACGACCACAGACAUCCACCUUAUUCUAAAAGGUAAUGGGCACAAAACUCCCCCGUUCAUAUUUAAUUUCCUUCACAGGACACGAGCACGCUCUGCCACUGUCUCAGUGCCUGUCACUCUUGGCUAUGAACAUGCCUCUCUCUUCCACCUAUAAUCGGAUCCGACGCUUGCCAACCAGCUACCAUUCCAAUGUGAUCCCCAUGUGAUCUCAGGUUUUAAGUUAUUUGUUUGCAGAUUCAGUUUAAGUGCCAAAACAUGGACAUUUUUUUUCCAACCACUCGCGACAUGAACUGCAUGUCCCCUUGUGCCACAAUUGAAACACUUAUUAUCAUUAUUAUUAGUGAUAUAUUAGCAUUAUAUUCUUCCAUACAGUCAUGUCGAUAUGGAAGGUGAAGCAACCGGGGCUGUGCAAGCCAACUCUGGCCAAGUUGUCAUUGUCGCAAGUCGUGAAUCCUGGGAUAGAAACUAGACUCUUGAGUGCUUGUCCUGGGUGUGUUGUGCGAGGCCAGGCCCGGCUGAGGGGGACGCUCUGUGCAGACAAGGGGGGGGAAAGGCUGGUUGCAGUGUGUGUAAUGUUCACGUCUAGUUUGAGUUGCUCUGUGCACACACGUUUGCACAUAACACUGACAUUUUAACCAAGCUCUCCGCAUUGCACUUACCAAACUAUUUGAUACACAUUGUUAUUUGUGAACAUAUAUAUAUGUUUUAAUGUAGACUAAUGGCAUUUAGAUAAUGCAAUAAGACUUAUGUUCCCUCCCCCGUGUGGAUGAAUGUGUUUCACGUUUGUCUCUUUAAACAAGCCAAGGCAUUUCAUGUUGCUAAAAAACCCCACAUGGCAUGUGUCUUUCGAUUCCAUUCUUUUGUGUUGUCAUUGUGUCGUGCAUGCCGUUUAUACAUUUAUUUAUUUUGUUUGCAUGGCAAGUGUUUGUUUUAGGAAGAUUCUCAUCAAUAUCAAUUAGAUAGGGGCCAAAAUAAGUUGUAUGCCUUCACAUACAAGUCUUGUAAACUCGAGGUUAGGAUAUGUGCUCUUCCACUUUGCUCUUGUUCUCUAAACCUAGUGCAUUAGAUGAAAGCGUGUGACAUUUUGCCUUGUGGAUUGGUCGGGGUAUCACUGGUGAGACUUCUUGUUUGUUUUCGUCACUACAGAAAUGGAAUACUUUGUGUGUUGUCCCUGCAAAUAUUAUUUUUUAAAAGAUGUGAAUUACUUUUUUUUUUUUUUGUAUUUAUAAUUUGUACUAUUUUGAUGUCCUGUUUACUGUUGAAAUAAUUUGUCACGUCACUUUACCACAGCACAAAAUCAUGCAGGCGUGAUUAUGUGCUGCCGCCAUGAUUUAUCCAGCAUCACUGUUAAUGUAUCAUGUCGAUGAUUUCUGAGGUGUGUGUGUGUGUGUGUGUGUGUGUGUGUGUGUGUGUGUGUGUGUGUGUGUGUGUGUGUGUGUGUGUGUGUGUGUGUGUGUGUGUGUGUGUGUGUGUGUGUGUGUGUGUACUAACUACUACUUUAAAAAAACAAAAAAAGGCUAACAAAAAGCUGCAAACGUUAAUCUGCAAAAGGACAGGAAGGUUAAAAUGUGGUUUAUGUGUUUCUCGUAUGGCCUAACUAAUGUCAUGUUUUUUUUUUUGCCACCACUCACCAAAGUGCUUGUUGAAGGAAAGCAGAUGCACGAUUAACACCUGGUCUGCAAACGGCCUGCCACUCUAAUGUUUGUGUGUGUGUGUGUGAGAGAAAGAUGAAAACCUUUGGAACUGAUGUCAACGUUAGCCAAACGACCACUCUGCUUCUUUUACGUUUUCCAACUGUGUGUCAGGAGUAAGGCGGUGGGGAUCUUGAAUUUUUAUAUCCUGUGGAUUAAUACUGGAAGUACAAGAUAACCUUUAGAUGUAGAAAACAGUAGCUUUUCACAUUUGGCCAUGUUUUGAUUGAUUGAUUGACAUUUUACAUACAUUUUAGUCGAGUUUGUUUGGUGCAGUUGUACCCAGUAAAAAAAAAAUAAUAAUAAUAAUAAAUGCCUGCCUUAAAAGGUAGUCUGCUUUU